CAGCUUCGUCUUAUCCUUUCGUGUUCAUGGCCACUCGCUCGGUCCACUCUUCUUCGAGGGGCUCCGUCGACAGCAAGAGCUCCGCCGCCCGCCUCAGCGGCGAAGGUCGCCGAAGCUCCUUCUCGUUCCCAGACGGGCAAGUUCGAACCCUACGUGCGUCCUCUUGGGUCUCCCGCCUCAAUCUCAAGCUUCCCCCUCUUCCCCCCGCUGCACAGCCCCCUAUUCCCGAUGGAAGAAAGCUCCGGACGCCCUUCGAUCACCCCGGCGCCACCUUGGACGUUGUCACCAUCGACACCGACGAGUCCCGCACCCGAAUGUCGAUUCCGAAUCUCGAUUCGCCCUUCGUCGCCCGCGGCUACUUUGAUCUGUUACAGCGGAGGCUCACAUUCGUCCCCCAGUCUCAGUCUCCUUUACCACCACCGCCGCCGCCGCCUCCGCAUCGGAUUGUGGUGGACUGCGGAGGAAACGAUUUGCUCAAUGGGUUUGGACCCUUUCAGUUUAGGCCGAGCUCAGCCCUUCCUCGAGGGGGACCUGGACGCCUUGCAGGUAGCUACAAUGGCGGUGGAAGAGUUUUUGUUAAGGACGAUUAUGGUGAGGUUAGCGGUCGUUUUCCUCUAUUUCGCAAGAUGGCUCACCUCGGGGAAGAAUUCGAUAGGGAACGAGAAGUUUUUGGAUCUGGUAACGGAAGGAAACUGGAACCUCUUCCCCCUGGCAAGAAAUCUGAUAACUGGAAUUUUCUCUGCCCCUCAAGGAGGAAACUUGAUGGGCGCAGUCGGGUUUCGGUAUCUCCAUUCUUCAACUCUGCUCACUUGAUAGAUAGGAGUAGAGGAACAAGAAUUGGAAGCACAGGAAUUUUGGAGAAUCGAAGUCGAAUGAGACCUCCAAGAAAUUGGGAUUUGCCAUUGCCUAUUUCCUUCUUAGCACCAAGUGGGGUUGAACAUUUACCAUCUUGUAGAGGAUUCGAACGACAAUUCCCAAUUGAUCCAUGGCGAGCGAGCACUUCUGGCACUGGACCUUGUGAUGCUGGCGGUGACGGCAUGGCUUCUUCAGUUAGAACAUCUCAUGAUUUUCAUGUCUUGCAUCAGAAAACUUCAGCAAACCCUCUUGACACUACAGUCUGCGCCGACAAUCCACAAAAACGUGCUUCACAGUGGAACAUGAGGAGAUUUAAGAGAACUGCAAAUUUUGAUGAUUCUCUUCCUCUAAAGUUUAGGAAGUUGGGUGGUGAUGAUUAAGAUCCAAAUUUCUAAACUCACUGAUUGGGACCGAGUUAAUCUACUGAGGCUAAUUGUCCGGAAGUCAACCUUCAAGUAUGGUCAGCAUUCUAAGCUACCAAAAGAAUUCAAGACUCGGCCUUCAUGAGCUGAUCUUCGAUACAUCCUAAGGUCCGUGUAUCUACGAAUCCUCCCAUUAUAAAUGUGAGGUCGAGCUACAAAAUGGGUUCAAUAAAGUUACAAGUUCUUUGUAUCUACAACCUUCCCAUGUUUGAUAUAAAUAUCGUUUUGCAUGAACAGAAAUCAAUAAGUGAACUCAACUGUGUUUGUAUUUGUUUUAGUAAAGGAGUUUGAGCCGAGCUCAAUAUUAAUU